CACAGGACAACGGCGACCAAUCACACGUCUGCGUUCCACAGACCAAUGCCAGCGGGAGAAGGAGAGGAAGUCACGUGUGAUACCGGAAGUAGUCGCCGUGCCGCGGUUCUCAUGACAACGGAGUAAAUGCUCCUGUCUUAUCUCCAGCUCUAAGUGACCGGGUCACCGGGUGUAGGCGGACGUCAUCCAAUGGACAGGACCCGGGCACGACCGCGUGCCCUCCCACCGAUGCCAAGCACAUAUCAGGAGAAUGAAAUUCCCAUCAACCGCCCAAAAAAGAAAAAGUCCAAGCCAUCUAACAGUGCAUUAGAAGAUGUUGUGCAAGACACAGGUUUAAAAACCUCAGAGAGUAAAGAAACUUUUACACCUGAAAGGCGAAAAAGGAAAAAAAAGAAGCUUACAGAAGUUGAGACCUCCUUCACCAAGCAGAACCACAAUGCUUCCUCAGUAAUCCAGAAUGGUAAUGACGUAGACUCCCAGCCUUCUGAUGAAGGGAUUGUCCGUAAACCUCGCAGAAGGACCAAAAAAACUAGGCCUGCGGAACAUGGAUUUCCUAAUGACCUGGGUGUAGAAGAAGAAGACAUCAUACCUGAAGGGCAGAUUAAACUCCAGGAACAUCAUCCGGCUUUCAUUCUACCCUCCCUGAUAAGCCAGCCUGUGGGCAAGUUGUUUGUUGAGAAGAAUAGGAAAUUUCAGGCUGCAGAUCGUUCUGGUAUCAUCAAAACAACAGAAGAAGUGGAUGAUUUCCUGGAUAUUAAACCUACAUGGAGCAGUAUGGAUGUGUCUCUGACCGUGCAUCGCAGCUUUAGGAUGAUCGGGCUGUUCUGCAGUGGAUUCCUAUCUGGGUACACCGUGUGGAACAUUGUGGUGAUUUAUGUCCUUGCUGGCAGCCAGUUAACUACUCUACCUAAGCUGCUUGAAAUUUAUAAAGUCUUGGCUUAUCCAUCCCAGUGCUUCUUGUAUUUCCUGUUGGUUCUCAGCACAGUUUCUGCAUUUGAUCGGAUUGACCUGGCCAGUGUGUCAAAUGCAUUCCGUGGUCUUGUUGCACUGGACCCAUCUGCCGUGGCGUCGUUCUUGUAUUUUGUCGCUCUUUUUCUUGCACUGAGUCAGCAAAUGACAAGUGACAGGAUAAACUUCUACACACCUCCAACGCAGAAUGGCAGCUUGUGGCAAGAAGAUACAGAGGGACAGAUCCUUCAGCCUUGGGUUGUCCUCAAUUUGGUUGUAACUCUGUUGGUCGGCCUUGCCUGGCUGUUUUUAUCAUGUCGGCCAGACUUGGAUCACAGUGAAGAAUCCAUCUUCAUCCCAGAAGAAGAUGAUUACCCAGACAUGGAGAAGGGGAUGAAAAUUCAAGCGUGAAUUGUGUUCAGACACAUCAAUGAUGCCUUUGUUUUUUAUACUUCUUUAUAUAUAUAUAUAUAUAUACCUUUUUUUUAUCUGCAUUAUUUUUAUCCUGUUUUACAUUGUUUUUAUACUUUUAAAAAAUAAUAUAUUUUUGUCAAUUGUACAUUUAGAAUUGUAAAUGAAAUAUGUUUUGGUAAUGAUUCUUUUUAAAGUGUACAAAUUUGAUGGAAAUGAACAUUGCACUGAUUCUUAUUCGCUGAAAUGUAAAAUAUGUAUUUGAGUCGAUUAGGACUCUAUAAAGUGUACAUAUACAGUGUGAUAAUAUUGUCCAUGAUUGAAUUCCCAUGCACGGAAUAGGUUUCUGAAUGUAGAGUAGUAUUCCUUUUAAUUUGCUACUCAGGAAAAGUGUUGCUAAAUCGUCAUGUAUGACGUAAGUCAAACCAAUGCAUUAUCUUAUUCUUUUUUACAUAAUAGGGGUAAUGUAUCAAUUGGUUUGUGCCAGAUUUGUCACUGCUAAUUGAUACACACAAACUUCUAAAAGAUGUGGCAAAUUUAUUAAAAGGCAUGCAACUCUUGGCCAUCUCACUCCAGUGCACAGCGGGUUUAGGGUGGUAUAUCAAACUUGAGCCUAAGUAAAUCUCCCCCAGCAUUCCGGUAUAGAGCAAGGUACUUGUUUCCUUUGCAGUGUGGCAGUAUACUGUAGUAUUCUCUGUUAUAUCUGCUUUUGACCGCAGUUAACUUUCCCUUCUAAUAUGCAGAAUAACACGGCUCACCUACCAAGGAUAUAUACAGUGCAUUCAGAAAGUCUUCAGAUCCUUUCACUUUUUGUAAUGUUGUAGCCUUUUGCUAACAUGAAAAAAAAAAAGUUUCUUUUCCCCCCAUCAGUCUGCACUCAAUAUCCCAUAAUAACAAAGUGAAAACAGAUUGUUCAAUAUCUUUGCCAAUUUAUUGAAGAGGAAAAACUAAAAUAAUACAUUGACAUAAGUAUUCAGACCCUUUACUCAGGACUUUUGGCAGUGAUUACAGCCUCCAGUCUUCUUUGGUAUGAUGCCACAAGUUUUGCACACGUAGAUUUGGGGAGUUUGUCAUUCU